CCAAUUGAUGUAUUCAUAAGCAUCACUGGUCACUCGAGCACCAAUCAUCAUAGAGUAAAUUAUUUACUUGCGUCGAAUGAAUGAAAUGAAGCUAGUGUAAGAGGAACAGAUUUAAAAUUACCAUUGAUAUACCAUACCUGCCGGAAUGUACCGUUUUGACUAUUAAGAAAUGAGAAUUGAGAACUACCUAUUGGUAGCUAUUGACUAAUGACUUACUUGAUUUGACAUUACUCAGAGAGUGGAUCAAAAGGUGACAUAUUUGCGUAUUACAAUGAAUUUGGGUACAGUGUCGUGCAAAAGAAAAUAAAAAAAUACUUUAAAUAUAAGAUAAAUUCAUUGAGAUCAGAAGAUAAAUGUGUGGAUAAAAUGCCUCUGACAUCAGAAGAAAUCGCAACUCGCUAUCCAAUUCAUUGGCUUGUUUGGAACAAUAAGCACCUAGAAUUAACGGCAGCACUAAAUAAUAAAAAGUAUUCACCAGAGGAAUUAGAAAAACGUGACCCCCAUGGCAGAACACCUCUGCUAUUAGCCAUCACAUUAGGAUACUUAGAGGUUGUACAAGCACUUAUUGAUGGAAAUGCUGACGUGAACUGUGAAAAAGAUGGAUGGACAGCGGUGCAAGAAGCUACAGCGACUGGUAAUCCUGAGCUGCUAUCCCUGGUGCUGUCACGCCGUGAUUACCAAAGACAUGUCGUCCGAGCAAGUGGGAUUCCUGAUUUACUGAAUAAGCUUAGUUUAGCACCAGAUUUCUACGUCGAGAUGAAAUGGGAGUUCACAAGCUGGGUUCCCCUUGUAUCCCGAAUGUGUCCAUUCGAUACAUACAAAGUGUAUAAACGUGGAGCGAAUGUCCGAGUGGACACAACACUGGUCGGCUUUGAAAAUAAUCGGUGGCAGAGAGGCGACAGGACAUAUAUAUUUAGAGGACAAGGUCAGAACGCCAGCCUGGUGGAGUUGGACCACGAGGCGGGCACGUCAUGGUGUGAGUUCCUGGAGUGUGGGGAACGAGAAAACCGCCCUUGGCCCUCCCCCCCUUCACACGUGAUAGAGCAGCGUCUCAACGCGCCCAUAAAUAUCAAUUACCUCGACACUGAUAAGAUCAGCUUCGAGAGAAACAAAAGCGGCAUAUGGGGCUGGCGGCAGGACAAGACGGAGAUGGUGAACGGGUACGAGUGCAAGGUGUUCGGCGCCAACAACGUGGAGCUGGUGUCCAAGUCGCGCUCCGAGCACCUCCCGCGCGGCGAGCGGCGCCCGCACGCGCCGCGCGCGCCGCUCGCCGGCCUGCUGGCGCUCGCCGACGCCGACGCCGACGCCGACGCCGACGCCGAGCCCGACCAGCUGCUCGUGCCCGACCGGGAGGAGCCCCUGAAACGAAGCCGGUCACGGCAGGAGCUCCGACCGGCCGUGUCGUGGCAGGAGUACUUUUCAGGGGAGCCGCUAGACAGGGACAUCGGCCGGGCGCGGGAGGUGUCCACGAAGGUGCAGAAAUUCAAGGCGACAUUGUGGCUGUGCGAAGACUAUCCCUUGCAGCUCCAGGAGCAGAUAAUGCCUAUUCUAGACUUGAUGGCCGCUAUGUCGUCGCCUCAUUUUGCAAAACUGAAAGAUUUCGUUCAGAUGCAAUUGCCUUCCGGGUUCCCGGUGAAAAUCGAGAUCCCGCUGUUCCACGUGCUGAACGCGCGCAUCACGUUCGGCAACAUCUUCGCGACGGAGGCGAGCGUGGCGCACGUGCAGAGCGUGCUGGCGGGCGCGCGGCUGGCGUGCGUGCUGGACGACGCGUGCUUCGCCGUGGGCCGCGCCUACCGCGACGCCGCCGCGCCCGACGAGCGCCUGCCCUGCGACGACGACGAGCUGCUGCACUUCGCCAUCCAGCAGAGCCUCAUGGAGGCCGGCACGCACGACGACCAGGUGGACGUGUGGGAGGCGCUGCGCGGCGCGCGCUGCACGUCGCCCGUGCCGCCGCGCGCGCACGCGCACGCGCUGCUCGCGCACGAGGACGCGCACCUGCAACGAGCGAUAGAGGCGUCGCUGGCGGAUGCGCGGCCGGACGCGGAUGAGCACGAGCACGAGCACGAGCACGAGCACGAGCACAGGCACGAGCCCGGGCCGGAGCGGGAGGACGAGUCCGACGACGAGCUGGACGCGGAGCUGCGCGCCGUGCUCGCCAUGUCUCUGCGCGAGCACGCGGCGCGCGACCAGCAGCUGGCGGACGAGCAGAAGGCGCUCGACGAGGCGCUCAGGCUCUCGCUGCUGGAUAAGUAACUUGAUCUCAAAACGGAAACGUCCACCAAAAGACUUAACGCCUAAGAGUUCGACUGACGACAUUUCUUCAUGCGACAUUCGCUCUUAUUCCAAAGACAUAACGACUAUGAAUGCGACACGGCUGAUGUUUGGUGCGUACUGUAUAUUUAGUGUUUUUAUUGUUUUUUGAUAUACGAUAUUAAUACUUAAUGCAUUGUAUUAAAAUACAUUUUCUCAAUAUUCAUUAUAUAUACCUGUAUACUACACAAUUGCAUAUAAAUAAAUUAGAAUACAAAUGACGUAUAUAAAAAUAUUUUAAAUUUUAUGGCUUAAAUUAUGGAAUCUAAUCCUAUUGUAUUGUUUUAUUUGUUUUUUAACACUGUAAAAUAUAUAAAAGCGACAUCAAGUUGGAUAAAGUUUUAAGAUCCUUUCGUAUUAUUUAUUUGAAAAUUUUUUUUUUUAAAGAAAUAUCAACAUUUUAUAUGCAAACGUCCGAUAGCAAAAGGUUUUUUUUUUUGACUUUUAAGCAUUUAAUUUAAAUAAAUAGAUAAAGUAUUUGUGUUAUUUAUGUAAGAAACUCUUCCGUAAUAAAUUAAAUGAUAAAAUAUAUAAUAUGUAUGUUUGAUAAAUACGUCCAAACUCGGAAUCGAAGCUGCAAUUAUUUAUAUUUAUAACCAUUAUAUUAUAUGUCGCAGGUAUAUAGUCCAAAGCCGUGAUAUUACGAUUUUAUAUUAUAAUUAAAUGGUUGAUUGUCAAUCGACAUACGACUUAAUGUCACGGGGACACCAUAGUGAUAUUGUAAGGCAAUUAUAUUUUGACAAUUUCACUGGAUAAGAUUAUGAGGCCGUCUCUGGUUGGUCCGUUUUCAAUGUCAAAUUUGCAAUCAUAGAGUUAUAAGUAAAUAGAUCUAACGUAACCUUUUUUGUAGAAAAAAAAACCUAACCUAACGUCAUUCCGGUUUUUUUGUUUUAUUAUAAAAAAAUUAACAAAGCACCAUUUAAACAUUAAUUCACGAUCCAUAUUUUACUAUAUUGUUUUUAAAAAUGGAGCAUGGAAAAGAAUUGACCAAUCAGAACGCGGCACUUCGCUCACUGCCAACUUCACUCAUAAUACCUAGAUUAAUAAUAAUGUCACUAUAGUGUUCCGUGACAUAACAAUGUCACUAAAACCAGGCUGUUAAAUUGCAUGAAAGUCGAUUGACAGACAACCGUUCAAUUAUAUCACUAGUGAAAUUGUAAUAUCACGGCUUUGACAAUAUACGUGCGCUAUAUAUAACUUUAAAGUAUACAAAAUAAGUACAUAUAUAUAAAAACGUUAGUAUUGAGAAUUAACUGCCCCAAUUUUCCAUUAUGUACAAAAACUCGGUUCUCGUGAUUAUCUGUUGUCAUUUCUAAAUGUUGGAUUAUUUAUUUAAUUUAUUAAAUAAAUCGAAAUGUUUCUUCAAAUUGUUUGUUUCUUAAAUUAUAAUCUAAUCUAUAAACUGUUUCUAUAAAAUAAAAUUUCGUUGAUUUUAAAAUAUUAUGUAUGUUAUAAAAAGAAAAUUAUUAUAAUACCCCAAAAUACAUAUGAGGGUUCGGUGACCUGGUUUACUCGAGGUCGAGCGAAAAUUUGCAAUAUCAAAACAGAAGUAAUUUUAAGACAUUUAUUGUGUAUUAUUUAUUAUACACGUAAACUAAAUCUGUAUAAGAAAUUCAGUGUGGUUUAUUUUUAAUCCCAGACCAAUUCCAGUUCAAUCUUUCAACUCUCAUUUUUGACACUUUCAAUUGUGUUUUGUCAGUUAUAUUAAUAUGAAAUAGUUUUAUUCAAAAUUCAUAUAAAGUCUAUUUAGUAGCUAAUUAACGUUAAAAUUAACAAAUGGUAGCAUUUGGAUUCUGACUAUAAGAACCGCCAUGAAACUCAACAGUUCCCGUUUUUAACAGUCUAUGUUAGGACCAGCAUUACUAAACUUCAUUUUGUAAUUCAGAUGUUUAAAGGGACAAUGUCAAUUUUGUUUAUCAGUUUUAUCAAAUGAAUAACUUUGAUACAAAUCCUUUGUGUGAUUUAAUCAAAUACAAUAUUGUGUAAACUGAUCUCCCGUUUAUGAAAAUUUCUUAUUUAUUAACUUGAAAUAUACUUAGAAACUGUAAAUCAUAGUGUAUACAAAUUUAAUGUUGUAAAUUUAACUUAUUAAUAAUUAUUUAUUUCUAUAUAAUUUUAUUUUAAUUUUGUAUGUAAUAAUAAUGAACUAUUGUUACAAACUUAAACAUUUUUCCAUAUAAAUGAACUAAUUGUUAACUAAAAUUAAUAUCUAAAUUAAACAUAUUUAAAGUACUCUAUGUAACCUUUACUAAAAAAUAAACUUUAACAACUAUAUCACAUUUCUACAAUAAUAAUAGUUAGAAAUAUAUUACAUGAAUAAGUUAUUUUUACAGAAAAAUAUUAAAAUGUCUUUUUCCCUGUUCGGUAAUUCCUUAUAUAUAUAGUAUAGGUUAUAUAAAUAUUAUGUACAUUUCCUAUGUAAAUAACAUAUUGUUAUGAGAGACGUGAGACGCUAUAGGUUUUGUUUAGCGGGUGAUUAGUAAAACUAUGUUGUCCUCUUCUUUCUUAUUUCAAAUCAAUAAUGACAGAAAGAGAGAGAUCAGUUAAUCAACACCUAUUAAAUAAUUUGUUAAUAUGUCUCCUAUUUUCUAUUAGAUUUUGUUAAAAAAGAACCUUAUAAAUAGAAAACUUAUAAUAUACUUGCUAUAUAUGUACAUUAAAAUAAGUUAAUAUGUUGAAUGUUUAUAAGAAAUUUGUAAUUAGUAUAUAGUAUUAUAUAACAUUGACUUAUAUGGUCUAACGUCUCUCAAUAUGGCAUUGUGUGUGUUAUAUCUUAAAUGUUAUUCUAUGGGCACGUUUUCACUGAAGCGUUACUUGCGUAUUUUAGCGUUAAACCAUCUUGUAUUAAGUAAAUCUAAUGAUGUACAACUGCCUAACUAGAAUUUGUCUAUCGAGGAUUUUUAUGCUCUUACAAGUAUAAUGUAAAUUUGUUACAAUUGAUUCAGCCAUUAUCAUUAAUAUGGUUAUUAUCAUUUGUUCUUAGUAAAAUCGUAAAUACUUUUAUUUUUCAAUAACAAAUAUCUUUACAAUCUCGAUUUGAUGAAUUUUGAUUGUGUCGUAUUAGGAAUGUCUCUCGGUAGUGUUAUCGUGGUUAAAUAAUAUCAAUUUGUAGUGAAAUAAGUAGCGACAAGUGUAAACGUGUCAUCCCGGUGCUCAAUGUAUGUGGCGCCAUUCCUCAACUGUGAUUAUGCUAGUAUUCCGUAGCCUUGUAAUCCCGUUUCAACUCUGACGUGACCUUGCUACACUGCCAUCUGUCUUAAUAUGCAUGCAUGUUUCGUACAGCGCCAUCUAUUGAUAAAAGUUUGUAUUACAUAUUCGCGUGUCAUUUGUUUUCGUAGUAGUCGCUAGACGGCGCUUAGUGUAUGCAAAUUAUGUGUUUAGUUUUUGUAACUACAAAAUAUAGUCAAUUUAUUUGUAUGUUACUGUCUGACUCAUGGUGUGUUCUUAAUUAUGUAUUAAUGUAGUAACAGUAGGUACUAAAGAUAUAAUUAUUGAAUGAGCAUUUCGCGCUGUAUUGUCGAAGAGUAGAAGAAAAAUAAUGUUGUUCACGUCAGAUUUAAACAAGGGUUUGGCGCGUAUUUAUUCUAAACAAAUGUUUUUCUCUCCAAAUAGUAAUGUAAUACCCUGUGGAAUUGUGUAACGAAAUAUAUUUCUGUAUAUGGACUUUU